CUUUUGGAGAGACGUAAACGGCAGCAGCAGCAGCAGCAAGGUUGCUUCAUGUUUCGCAAGGCGGGGGCCGGGGGCGUGCCAAGUGACGAACUUACGGCCAACAAACAACAGCAGCGGCAACAAUAACAACAACAACAACAACAACGGCGGCAACAGCAACUGGCCCGUUUGGAGCAGCGCGCAUGCCACACACAGUUUAAAUAUGUGAAAUUAGUACAAAUCGUGAUUUCAACAGCGAACGACCGACGACGAACGACGAAGCGGCGAAAACAACAACAACAACGACGAACGUGUGUCGGGGGAUCGUAACGUCAACGUUUCGAGUGGCAACAGCAGCAGCAGCAGCAACAACAACACCGUCACGUCACGUCGCACCUUGCGCGCGCGCGCACUUUACAACCCCCCAAAAAAACAACCCCACCACACACAUAAAAGCGAGAGAGAGAGAGAGAGACAGACAGAAGGAAUUCAGCAACUUCCUUGCUUCCCCCAGCAACAACUUUCACCACACACACAAUGUCCAGCAGCGGCGCCGCAGCGCAGUACAAACUUGACGCCAACUCCAAUGCCAUCGUUUUGAUUACGGACGCUGCUGGCGCUGUCGCAGCGCUGCCACCGUCACCGUCAGCACCUGGCGAUCGCAUCGAAUGGUCGCGCGCCACAAUAUUGGGAUUCAUCGAGGACUAUCGACGUCAGCGCGUCCUUUGGGACCCCAACACAAAAGGCUAUCACAUCAAACAAACAAAAUACGAGGCGCUUAAGCUGCUGAGUGAGAAAUAUGGCACCGAAAUACGUUCGAUACGUUCGAAAAUUAAAUCGCUGCGCUCAUCAUUUCAUCGCGAGCAUGGCAAGGUGCUCAAUGGACGCAAUCGUGGUGUGCAUUAUCAGCCCAUGUGGUUUGCCUAUGAAGCGAUACGUUUCAUCUUGGAUGGUGACGUCGACGUCGACAGCAACGUCGCUGUCUUGGAUGCUGCUGCUGUCGUUGAGCCGGUUGCUGUUGAUUCGGAAGCGGCUGAUAAACUAGCCCUAAUGCAUAGCCUAGAUUUGGAACAGCUGACAGCUGCUGGCAAACAGCAACAGGUUGUUGAGCAGCAGCAACAGCAGCAGCAGCAGCAGCAAAGCGAAGAGUUCGCUGCUCGCGUCGCUGCUGCCGUCGCAGCUGUGGCAGCCGCUGCGGCAGCGAAUAUCAGGGAACGGGAUCAUCAUUUGCUGCUGGAUACCAACAACGAUGCAGCGACCUCCGAAGCUAACUCAAAUGGAUGUGCGGGCGUUGGCAGCGACGCGACUGCAGCAGCAGCAGCGGACGCAGCAGCAACUGCAUCAGUCUCAGCAGCCGUGACACGUUCCUCUUCCGAUUUGGACGGCGAGAAUUAUUGCAAUAUUAGCGCCGAAGAUGUGAAAACUGAAAUUAUCGAGCACGAAAGCGAGCUGGGACUGCUCGAUCGUCAGACGAGCACACCGCUAUCGCUGAGUUACUUCAAGCCCACGGAUCUGACAUACAAUCCUCGGAAGCGCAAGGCGCAGAAUCCGAUGGAUGACAAUGAUGAUGGUGGCAGUGAUUGUGGAGUGGGAGAUGCUGCUGCUGCUGCAGCUGGGCCAGCCGGUGUGGGCGUUGGCAUCGUUGGGGGCGUGGUUGGGGCUCUAACACUGACGCCAAUCAAAUCAUCAUCGAUGCAGUCGCAGUCGCAGUCGCUGUCGUCGCAACAGCAGCAGCUACAGUUGAACCACAGUCAGAUAGCAUUUCAUGCACUGCAACAACACUUUAGCCACAGCCACAAUCUCAGCCACAGCAGCCACAAUGGCAAUGGGCAUUCACAGCAGCACUUCCAUCACCAUCAUCAUCAGCAGCAACAGCAGCAGCAGCAGCAACAACAUUCCAAUAACAUGGCACAAAAACGUGAUCGUGAUCGUGAUCUCUCUUCCUCGCCAACUGAGGCCAACAACAACAGCAACAACAAUAACCACAGCAGCAGCAGCAAUAGCAACAAUAAUAACAAUCGUAAUUCGUCCACAUCCUUGGAGCUGACAACAGCGACAGCAGCAACAACCAGCAACAGCAGUAGCAGCAGCAGCGGCAUAUCCUCAAGCCUCAAGCUCAGCACCAACGCCAACAACAACAACAACAGCAGCAACAACAUCAGCAGCAAUCAUGUGGAUGAGUAUGGAGUGUUUGGGGAAUAUGUGGCCAUCACCAUACGUAAGCUAAAGACAUCAAAGUCAAAGAUUGUGGUCAAGCAUCUGAUCAAUAAUCUGCUCUACGAAGCAGAGCUGGGCAAAUAUGAUCAGGGCAUGCCAGCCUCCAAGGAGCCGCCGCAGCUCUACAAGAUGCAAUAGUCGAUAGUUAUCGAUAUCUAGUAAGCGGCUUGUAGUUAACAAAAAAAAAGAAGAAGAAAACAAAACAAA